CACACACACACGCACACACGCACACACUAGUGGAACUAGAGAAGUUUGGUCCAUUUCACUUCCCGGAGCUUCAGCCGCAGUCGAUCCGGACUCCGAGCUCAUUGACCGGGAUCAGGAUCGUCCUCGUGUCCCUGAAGUUCGAUCUGUGAACCACUUCCUGUUCGGAGCCGGUGCUGGACGGUCUGACCCGCUUCUCUCCGGAGGACCAUGUUUUAUUAGGACGAUCUUAUCCGGACAGAAGCACCAUGAUCAACUCGGAGGGUCUCCGGCCCAGCUCCAACGGCAGGAAGCCGCUGGGGAAGCUCGCCUCCCGGCUGGAGGAGGUGAAGAACCCGUGGCGACAGGUGUCCACGCUGGAGCUGAGCCACAACGAGGCGGCUCGUCUGGCCACGGACGCGCUGCUGGAGCUCGGGGAGAAGGAGUACCGCCGGGUCCUGGCCGAGGAGCGGGAGCUCAACUUCCUCUCCCCGCAGGAGAUCCGCUACAUCAGCCAGCAUGCGACCAAGACCUGCGGCCCCGACACCAACGGGACCAACGACCGGGACUUCGGGGACGCAGACGUCGUGUCCCAGCUCACCUCCGGGACUUACUUCCCCAUGAUGUCCGACGAGGAGCCACCGAUGCUGGAGCUCGGCUGGCCCGAGUCCCCGGCGAGGUACGGUCCGUCAGAGACUCAGAUCUACUUCCAGAGGGACAAGUCCCACAACAUGAAGGACCUGGUCCGGUCCCUGAUCAACAAGGCCAAGAAGGUGAUAGCCGUGGUCAUGGACGUGUUUACGGACGUCGACCUGCUCUGUGACCUCAUGGAGGCGUCCAACAAACGCCACGUCCCCGUCUACAUCCUGUUGGACGAGAAGAAGCUCGGCUACUUCGCGGACAUGUGCUCUGCGCUCGACAUUCAGAACUCUCACCUGAGUAACAUGCGUGUUCGCAGUGUGUGCGGCGACACCUACUGCACCAAGAGUGGCAAGAAGUUCACCGGUCAGGUCCUGGAGAAGUUCAUGAUCAUUGACUGUGAAGAGGUCAUCGCAGGGUCAUACAGUUUCACCUGGCUGUCGGCUCAGGUGCACAGCAACAUGGUGAUGCAUUUCUCAGGGCGCAUCGCUGACAGCUUUGACCGGGAGUUUCGCUGCCUGUACGCCGACUCGCAGAUCAUCGACUGCUUCUACAACCCAGAGGAGGAGGGGAUGCCGUACUACCCGUCGUACCAGGCCAUGAUGGCCCCUGGCAUAGGGCCCGGCCCGGUCAUGGCGCUGGAUUUACUCUCCGACAGCAGGCAGAGGGACAGAGUUUGUUCUGAAAACUCCAGCAGCCAAUCAAGUAACAGUGUCUCCAGUGUGAAGGCGGCGCCUGGAAUGACCGCCAACGCCGUCUAUAAGGUCACUCAAGGUCACGACAAGAAGGAGACCAACAGCAUCUCUCACCUCAGCCCUGAGAGGAGGGGUGGGGGUGCAGAACAGGGACAUAUCCUGCCACCAGGAUCACGGGUGUCUGCUAACGGAGCGGCCAAUCACAUCCUAGUUCCUGAGCGACCCUCGUCGACCUUUGCUCAGCCAAUGGGCAUCGAGCGGAAUAAGCCCGGCGCGAUGGACGUCGUGAGGUCUAAUAUCGGCGGCACCUCCUCCAAGUUCCAGGCACUGGGUUUGUACGACCACAAACCGAGCAUGUUCCACGGCACCCCCAACUCAAACCUGAACCCCAGGACCCAGACGCCGUCCCAGGUCAACGACAGCAAACUCACCCCCAAGCAGAGAACCCCCUCCAACCAGUUCCUCAACAAACUGUCAGACCUCUUCGUGACCCCCUCCGGCAAGGACAAAGACAAAGACUCCUACAACCCCUGGAGGUCACCGUCCCCUCACGGUUCCUCGCCCUGGGGAGGGCCAGACCUCUCUCAAACGGAGCCGGAGAGCCAGCAGAGCCCGCCUCCCCCUCCCUCUCCAGUCGCUCUGAUGAGUCGGCAGGACCAGAAGCGAAUGACGCUGGGCCACAGCAAACUGGACCUGGUGAACCACUACAACAAGAUGAAAUCCAAGCAGGUGUACAGCCGCUUUGAGCUCAAGAGCACGAACUGAGGCCGAGAAGCCAUCCAGCUGCGCCUGAUUUAUCAGACGAUGUUGAACGUUCUCUGGCGUCUUGUUACGUCACCACACCACAAGGAGAAACGUCUCCAUGGACUUAUUUUUCAAGUUAAAUCCGUUUUUCUUCUGCUUCCACAGUUCAGAUGAUGCCUGGUGGAAAUCAAGCCAUUCCCGAGUUGUCCUCUGAUUCCUGUAGUGAGGACUUACUACAAGAACAGUAGCGAUGAGGCGAUCAAAACACACAAGUACCACACAUCAGGGUGUCGAGGUCCUGAUGAUACAUGCUCAACCAAUCAGGAGUCAGUGUCAGCUGUCAAUCAUGACGUCUCCGCCCGUUUUUAUGUCAUAAGUAACUGAUUAAACCAAACUGAUGAGAAACACUUGAACGAACAUCAGAGAGAGAAGAACGACAGAAACAUCUUUGACAAACAUUAAUUUAACGUGUACUUCUACUUUUAGUUUGGUCCCAUCUGCUAACAUGGAGGAGGCGGGGGAUUAUGACAUAUACUGCAGCCAGACACCAGGGGGCGAUCAUGAUGCUUUGCCUUCACUUGUCACAUCAUAAAACCAAUCGUAGAAAAAAUGAAUUUAUUGUAAUACUUGACAACACUGCAUCUUAGUUUUUAACGAACGAUCCAGAAAGAAACUAGAAAAGAAAACUCAGGCACUUAGAGAUCGAUCCCUCCACCAAGGCCCCACGAUAAUUUAUUCUGCCUUUACGUACGAAAAGAAAAGUCCGCUUCAAACGUCACUGCUCACAAACUGUGUCCGUGAAGUUGGAAUGGUUGUUAAGCAAUUCAUCCACUAGAGGGCAGCACAGAGUCGAGAGUUUUCUAACAACAACAAACGUCAGUGGUUCAGAGUUUGACCUUGAAACAGGACAAAGUAGCUUCAUAUAGACGCUUAUAGUUUCUUACCAACUCACAAAGUCAUUAAGUUCCAGCAUCUCAAACUUAAGAUGAGACUCUCACAGAAAGUUUGAGGUUUUUGGAGCCAAAAAGAAACAGAUGAUUUGCGGAGCAGCCUUUUCAUAACACACAAAAAUAGAGCAAGGAUUAAACAGAGUUAUAAUAUAGAAUCAGACACUUUAAUAUUUCAUAUUCCUGUAUUAAAGUGUAAUAACAACACGUGCCUUCAUCUUCUUGCCUUAAGGUUUAUAAUCAUUUUAAUAAAAUAAUAUCUUCAGUGAAUUAUAAUAGCUGCUAAUUAAGCUUCAGUUAACAGACGCAGACUUUUCUCCAAACGGAAAAAACAACAUUCCUGCUCCUGCUGCUGCAUCUCAGCUCUGGUGUAAAUAACUGACCUGAAGGUCUUUGGUGCAUUUUGACGCUGCACAGGAGGAAAACAUUGUUCGCAGCAGAUGAGAUAAAUAAAGUGUUUGUGUAAAAGAGUCUUCAUGUUCACAAGGUCCAGUGUGCAGGAUUCAUGAGGAUCCGAGAUGAAAUAUUCAUGAUGAUGUUUUAGUCAAAUCACCGGAAACUACGUCGACAUGACUACGUUUGAAACACAAAGUAAAACUGAGAAGCUUGAAAACGCUGCUGGUCCAGUUUCAGUUUGAAAUCUGUGGCUGUGUUUUCGUCUGGACGGGUCUUUUCUGUCGCGAUGUAAACCUUCACUGAUUCCUCACAUUGUCCUUCCGAGGAAAACGCAACACGGAGAAUCAAUUGCAAGUGUUACUGACCCAGCUGUGAAACUCUUUACGAUGAUACAACUGUUUACAUGUGGAGACCAGAUGUUGUUCGGACAAUCUACAACUAACAACCAAAAGCUUCCUGUUCACAGCGGCACACACGCACACACGCCCGGUGUAUGUGAGUGGUGUUUGUAAUGACGGAGAUGGUUUUAAUGUCGUCGUUUGGAUGUAGCCUUGGAACCGUCGUGUUAGUCGUCACCUGAGACUGAGACUCUGUGUAUCUACAUCAGGAACUCUUCCACCAUGUUUCUACGUUAGCCCAGAACGGACAAAACAGAAAUACUGGUUCUGAAGAAGCCCUCUAUGUUUGAUGUGUAGAGGCAUAAAGCACGUGAACCCAGUCUGUGAUCGUCUUAUGGACACGUCAGAUUUUUUUAUGUUUUAACCGUGAGAACUCGCAGACUAGACGAUCCAAUCGAGACGCAGCCGCACACUUUUAACAAACGAUUUCCGGGUGCGAUUCCACAGACUUGGGAAACUUCUGUGAUCAAACGUGACUAAAGAAUGAGACUAACCACUGAUGGUGUCGUCAACUGGCUGCGAUUGUUGCGCACUGAAAAACGUGAUCGGCCUAAAAUGUGAUCGAAGUCGUUGCGGUUACCAUCGAGUGUGGACGACCUUUACCUGACAGCUGUUGCAGAUUCUUCUACACAGCUGUAAGGGAGGGCGUGUUCAGUCGAAUGCAAUAUGUAACUUCACAGCUAGAGGCCACUCAAUCCUACACAUUGUACUUUUGAUAUUAGUUCCUUAUUACAGAGGGUUGGCUCCUCCUGCUGUACAUUUUUAACAGUAAAUAUUUUUUUCUAAAUGUGUAGAUUUGUAUAUAGACUCUAUAUAACCCAGGUUUGUACUAAUUGUAUUAUUUACUUUUGUUUGAGUUGUUUUUCUGGCUCAAUUCCAAAUAAUUUUCCCCUCAGCGACACAGAAACCAGACUUGAGCUGUCGUCACCGGAGAAACACGACGGACAUCAUUAUUCUGGUAUUUUUUGUUCUCGUGUGUGUGAUUUAGUUUACUGCUUAUUUCAGUUGGAAGUUUUUUUUAUCAGACGAUGUAAAAUGUACAUGAUGUUGUGUAUAGUCACAUGAUCUGACUGUUUGGGUUAUUGUUAAAGAAAACUCCUUUAAACUGUUAUUUCUACUGUUUGUUCUUUACUGGAGAAUGUGAACUCUGAACCUUUGAGUAUGUAAUAAAAAUGGAAAAGCUGAA